AUGAUUCUGUCGUCUCCAAGAUUGGCCCGAGCAUGCAUCGUGAUGUCGACACCUGAGCUGAAGAGCUUCCACCAGGAGAAGUUCCGAAUUCCAGGGCCUUGGGGUUUCGUUGACGAGUGUCAAAGUGUGUUCGAUAUGUGCUUUACGGCCUCCUCUCCGCUAGCAGUGGAAGCUACGAUGGAGCUUUCGCUUGAAAAGGCUGGCGAAACUAGAGAAAUAAUGGUGUUUCUUGGAGAGGCUGCAAUGCUAACGUCGUUGCUCGAAUCAUCGUUGCUGACAGUAGAACGCAGGCCAGAGACAAUUUUUAACGAAGACAUUUUGGCACAGUACUUCGAGAAGGAGAAAGCGUCAGUCACUGUUACGCUAGUGCAUGCUGAAAAGAAGCUGCCAGUUCUUGAAGCCGAAGGGCAAGAAUCAUUGAUGGAGCUGUUGAUGGCGAAAGCUGGAGAAAGCAGAGAUGCUUUCAUAUUUGUUGGCGAGGUUGCAGUUCCAACGUCAUUGUUUUGCAUUUCACUAACGGUAGAGCAAAAAAAGCCCGAGUCAACUGUCAGCGAAAAAGUUUUGGCACAGACUUAUGAGCAAGAGAAAAUAGUGGCUAUUAUUCCACUGGUUUCUGAGGCUGAAGUUUUGACAGCUGUGCUGGACGUAUCGCUGGAAAAAAGUGGAACAGGCGAAGAAACAGUCGCGUUUCUGGAAAAGGCAGCGAUUCCAACUUCUCUGAUUGACUCAUCACAGUCCGUAGCAGAAAGCAAAUACGAAUCACGGCUCAGUGAAGAAGUACUGGCACAGGUUUUUGAAAAAGAAGAAGCGUCAGCUGCUGUGAAUCUGAUCGAAGCUGAAAAGAAGUUGUUGGUUUCUGAAGCUGAAGGUACAAAAUUUGAGCAAGGCUAUAAAAUGUCGUAA